CGAAUUUUUUUCAAAUUCGGUACACAUCUGCCGAACUUAUCGCUCGACUUUCCGUCACUCGCUGUUCCCCUAGUUAACUUGGCCAUAACUUUUCGAGGAAAUUAAUCCAUGACCAAAACAUCGAAAACUCUCAAAGAUCCUCACCCGCACUAGGAAGAAGGAAUGAAGUGUGGCUCGACCAUGGCAGCUUCCAAGAUGUUAAUGGCUUCCUUUACCGCCUUCCGCCCUCUAACUUGCGCUGCCUCUGCCUCCUAUCCUGCGCGCCUGGCUCCACACCCGCCGGACCUGAUCAAGUGGGUCCGUCGGGAAGGAGGGUUCGUGCACGAGGCCGUGAAGAUAGCUCAAGAUAGUUCAUUUGGUCUUGGAUUGGUGGCUUCUGAGGAAAUCCCAAAGGGUUCCGAACUAAUUGUUCUUCCGGAGCACGUACCGUUGAGAUUUGGCUCAAUUGAAUCGGACGGCGGAGAUGGGGUCGACUCUGUUCUCGACGAUUUGGCUCGCCUAGUUCCUGAGGAACUAUGGGCAAUGAAAUUGGGUUUGAAGCUUCUGCAAGAAAGAGCUAAAACUGGAUCCUUCUGGUGGCCAUACAUCAGCAGCCUUCCUGAAACGUUCAAUAUACCCAUCUUCUUCCCUGGCGAGGACAUAAAGAAUUUGCAGUAUGCUCCACUUCUUUACCAGGUGAACAAGAGAUGCAGAUUUCUUCUUGAUUUUGAAAAAGAAGUCAAACAUGCUCUGGAAAAUCUGAAACCAAACGAUCACCCUUUUGGUGGCCAAUCUGUAGAUGCAUCCUCCCUUGGAUGGGCAAUGUCAGCAGUUUCGUCUCGGGCAUUCCGUUUAUAUGGUAAAAAGCUUCGAGGUGGGAACUAUGAUAUCCCGAUGAUGCUUCCUCUCAUUGAUAUGUGCAACCAUAGUUUCAACCCAAAUGCCGCAAUAGUUCAGGACCAAGAUAACAGGAACAUGAAGAUGCUAGUAAAGGUUGUAGCAGAAACAGAGAUCAAGGAGAACGAUGGUUUAGCACUCAACUAUGGAUGUUUAAACAAUGAUCUUUUCCUUUUGGAUUAUGGAUUUGUGAUACCUUCAAACCCCUAUGACUCUAUUGAGCUCAAAUAUGAUGGAGCACUUCUGGAUGCUGCAAGUAUGGCUGCCGGAGUAUCGUCGCCCAACUUCAAUGCACCAUCUCCAUGGCAGAAAGAAAUUUUAUGCCAGCUAAAGUUAGAUGGGGAAGCUCCGCUUCUUAAGGUAUGCUUAGGGGGCUCGGAACUGGUUGAGGGGCGCUUGUUGGCAGCCUUAAGAGUUGUUCUUGCUGAUGACAUAGAAACAGUUCAGAAGCAAGAUUUAAAUAAACUUAAAUCUAUGUCAGCCGAAGCUCCCCUUGGUAUUGCAAAUGAAUUAGCUGUUUUUCGCACCGUUAUUGCGUUAUGUGUGAUUGCACUGGGACAUUUCCCAACCAAAAUCAUGGAAGAUGAAUCCCUGUUGAGUAAAGGUGUUUCAGAUUCUACUGAGCUGGCUAUCCAGUUCAGAAUUCAGAAAAAAUCGGCGAUCAUAGACGUGAUGAGAAAUCUCACAAGGAGGGUGAAGUUACUUGCAUCGAAAGAAACUGCCACUGCUCAAGGCUGAAUUACUGCAGUAAAGUUGGCAUGUUUGCCCACAAACACUCUUACUCUUAGUCAUGUUUGUUGCCUCCGUUCUUUUUAGCUACUUUGUUCACAAUAUCUUUCUUCUCUUUAGUAAAAAUGUGGUUUUUCGUUAAAGUGAACAGUACUAAGAGUUUUUCGUUAAGGGACCUUUAUAGAAUGCUUGAAAAUAUUGGUUUGUCUAGUUUUAACCCCGCUGACUGAAUGAAUCAAUGCAACUC